AUGGAAAAUUUCUACUUCAGCAACACCUCACAUGACAACAGUUACAAUUACAGCAACAACAGCAACAUCAAUGAGAAUCCUGACAGUUAUGGGAAAUAUAUCCACUUCAGUGGCUUCACAUAUGUGGCGCUAAUCACCGUCACUUCCUUUGGACUUUUUGUGACUCUGCUAGCCAUAUUUGCAGCAUAUACUCUGACAAAACAGGAUCAUGCCACACCCGUCUACAUCAUCAACCUCCUGGUUUCUGAUCUUAUUCAGCUCUGCAGCAUGAUGGCACUAAUAACUGUAACACACAAGUCUCGUGACACCAUCAUUCAGACCUACCUGUUGGGUGUAAUGGCCAGUGUUGGAUUCAUGGUGUGCGUGUCUCUGGAAAGGUAUUUGGUCAUUGCCAAGCCGCUGUGGUACAGAUUCAGACGGAACAUUAAGGCAGCCUUGGCUCUCUGUGUCGGUGUCUGGGCUGGUAUUCUUGUUUUGAGGCUUAUUGUGUAUUUAGUUGGUUUUGGGACCGGACGUAUUAUCACUGCUGUCUUUCUCCUCGCUCCAUUCCCCUUCUUUGUUUUCUUCUUGGCUGGAACCCUAAAAGCCCUGUCUGCAGCCAAGGUCCCUGUUGAUGAAAAGAGACGUGUUGUGGCUAUUUUGGUUUUGGUGCUACUUAUAUACACUCUACUGUUCCUGCCUAUCAUAGUGUUUUGCCUAGUAAAAGAAGCCAGAGAUAAUGUGAAAGAUGAUUGUGGCCUUCAAAAAGACCACAACACCCCCAUCACCACUGUAGCCUGCUACCGGUUCCUCAGCACCACCAUCACCCAGGAUCUCAAGUGGGAGUCGACCAUCAGUUCCCUUAUCAAGAAGGUCCAGAAGAGGAUCUCCUCCAUCACGGUGUGGUAUGCCGGGGCCACUGCCAGGGACAGACACAGACUGCAGCACGUUGUGCACUCUGCUGAGAAGGUGAUCGGAUGCAGCCUCCCAUCUCUCCAUGACCUGUACGUCUCCAGGACUGUGAGGCGAGCAGGUCGGAUCACAGCUGACCCUUCUCACCCUGCAGGCAGCCAGUUCAUCCCACUCCCCUCAGGCAGAAGGUUUCGGUCCAUUCGGGCCAGAACAUCCCACCAUAAGAACAGUUUCUUCCCCUCUGCCAUCGGACUCUUGAACAUUUAG